GCUAUCUUUGACUGCUGCUGGCUCACAGAGUCCCAGCUGGGAAUCCCCAGUGUGUGUUAUAACAGAAGCAACACAUUCGCUUACGAGUGUCUCACGAUUAAACAGCACCCCAUUUGGCAGAGAAAGGGCGUGUGUCGAUUUGGACGAGAGAGAAGUCAACUCACAACUCAGUGCGUUAACUGUGGCUUCCUGUGGACGACUCUGUCGCUGCUGUGAGUUGCUGCUACUCAGUUUGGGGAGCGUACACCAUCGCCCAGCCCCUUCCUUCCGCCAUUGGAUCCGCACAGAGAGAUCUAAAGAGGUCUGAAUCAUGACGGGAAGUUAAAGGGGGGUGCAGUCCUGGCCCACAACAGCUCCGUGUCCGAGACUCUACCGUCGUUCUGCCAACCCUCCUGCCUUCACUCACUGGCAACAAGAGACGUUAACGUGACCACGGUCUCUCCACAAGGGCUUCCGAUCGGUAAUUGCGGACUGAAUGUCUGGACUUCAAACGAUUUUCUGAUCGAUCCGCUGAAUCCGUGGGAAUUGGUGACGACACCCAGCUUCUGCCCCCCCCCCCUCCCUUUGUGUCUCCCACUCACCCAACGGCACAACAACCCUGCUGAAGCCACGGGGGAAGAAUCUCGCUCUCGGGACACGGUAGGGCCUGACGCUGUUGGUCUCGCUUGGUGCGAGGAUCGAUGUGAUGGGGGGCGGGAGAGGACACUUGGUACCAGCGCCGUAGACCGAGACCCGGUGAAAGUGGAGCUGCCAUAACGCCGCUCCCCGGGGAUCCUUCCAGAAGCGGCCGGGAGAGAUUGGGGACCUCCUGUUCGACGUUAGAGAUACAGCGCGGAAACACCCGAGCCCGUGCCGGCCAGCGAUCUUCCCGUCGUACGCUAACACUAUUCCUAGUGAACACACUAGAGGCAAUUUACAAUUUUAUUUACUAUUAACCCGCACGUCUUUGUGGAGUGUGGGAAGAGGCCCGAGCACCCGGAGAAAACCCACGCAGGUCACGGGGAGAACGUGCAAACUCCGUACAGACAGCACCCGUGGUCGGGAUUGAACCCGGUGGGGUCGAGACCGUUCCGGUCGGUUUGAGGUCGAUGUCUCGCCGCUGAAGGGGGAGCAGGCACAUGGAUCACCCACAGGGGUGCCACCCUUGCCAGGCACUGUCCGUGAUGCACGCCCUGCGGCUGGACCAGCAACUGUGCGACGUGACGGUGCGCGUGACCCACGGCGGCAAGGAGCAGGCGUUUGCCGCCCACCGCGUGGUGCUGGCCGCCAGCAGCCCCGUGUUCAGGGCCAUGUUCACCAGCAAGCUGAAGGAGCAGGGGGCGCCCGAAGUCGUGCUGAAGGGCGUGGAUCCCAGGGCCAUGGAGCGGCUGAUUGAGUUCGCCUACACCUCGCUGGUGUCCGUGGAUGAGCACUGCGUGCAGCAGCUGAUGGUGGCCAGCUCCAUGUACCAGGUGGACGGGGUGACCAGGGCCUGCACCGCCUUCCUGCUGCAAAACAUGGACUCCUCCAACGUCAUUGGAAUUGCACACUUUGCCGAGCAGGUUGGCUGCGUGGAACUCUGCCAGAAGGCCAAGAAAUACGUCCACAUACACUUCACCGAGGUGAUCAAGGAAGAAGAGUUCUUCAACCUCUCCCACUGCCAGCUGCUGGAUCUAAUCAGCCAGGACGGGCUGAACGUGGGCUGUGAGACGGAGGUGUACAAGGCGUGCAUGGAGUGGGUACGCCGGGACGUGGAGGGGCGAGCUCACUACUUCCACGCCCUCCUCAACGCCCUGCAGAUCUACGCCCUGCCCCGCCGCUUCCUCAAGCACCAGCUGCAGGCCUGCCCCAUCCUGGGCAAACUCAAUCCGUGCCGGGACUUCCUCUCCAAGAUCUUCCGGGAGAUGGACCUGCGCCGCCCGUUGCCGCCGGUCAGGCAGCGCGGCAACCAGCUGGUGUACGUGGCCGGCGGCUACUGGCACCGCCCGCUGCCCAACGUUGAGGCUUUCAACCCCAGGACGGGACGGUGGGUGAAGCUGGCCGACAUGCCGGUGCCCCGCAGCGGGGCGGGCACGUGUGUGGUGCUGGGGCUCCUGUACGCGCUGGGCGGCAGGAACAACGUACACGGGGAACACUUGGACAUGGACCGGCUGGACUGCUACAACCCCCUGACCAACCGCUGGGCCACGCGGGCGCCCAUGAGCGUGGCCAGGAACAGGGUUGGCGUCGGGGUCAUCGACGGGAUCAUCUACGCCAUCGGCGGCUCCUGCGGCUCCCUGCAUCACCGCAGCGCAGAGAGGUACGACCCUGAAACAAACCGGUGGACAGCUAUAGCGCCGAUGCAGAGCCGGCGAAUAGCGGCUGGGGUGGCGGUGUGGAGCGGGCUGCUCUACGUGGUCGGCGGGUUUGACGGGGACGAGCGUUUGCGCAGCGUGGAACGUUACUGCCCUGAAAGAGACACGUGGAGCUCCGUCACCCCCAUGGGGACCGUGCGGAGCGGAGCGGGUGUGGUCACCCUGGGCCAUUAUAUCUAUGCUGCCGGGGGCUACAAUGGCCAGGAGCAGGUUUCAUCUGUGGAACGUUACUGCAUCGAUGGGGAACGCUGGGAAUAUGUUGGCAGCAUGAAGCACAGUCGCAGUGCCAUGGGGAUGACCGCGUUUCAGCGGAAGAUCUACGUCUUGGGUGGAUUUAGCCAGCAUGGCUUCCUCAACAGCGUGGAGUGCUACGAUCCGGAGAAGGACAAGUGGACAGAGGUGACCUCCAUGCCCACGGCGCGCAGUGGAAUGGGAGUGGCCGUCACCAUGGAGCCCUGUCCCCGGAAUCUGGCCCCCACCCCCACCCCCACCGUCUCCCCCCCCUAUCGUCACCGGCUGAGAUGAGCUGACCGACAGACGCCCGCCCAUCUGCUGGUGGUCAUCUCCCCAUCCUCCUCCUCCGCCAGCUACUCCCUGCCCUGGUGCGGGGGGGGGGGUGGGGACACACAGACACACACACCGGGACUCUCAGCUCACGCACACAGUGACGGCAACUGUGCGAAACCUGCACGGCAGGAGAAACCAGGCUGCGAAUCGACGUCUGCCUCUGCGGAAAGCAAGAAGCAAGGAAUUGGACUUGGCACUUGGGGAUGAACUUCUGCUUUCAAGUGUCUACUCUGAACAUGGAACUGAUUGUGAAGUUGCAGGCCUUCCGUUUAGUUUCGAGGUACAGCGUGGAAACAGGCCAUUCGGCCCACCGAGUCCGUGCUAACCAUUCUCCCGUUCACUAACUGGUUAUCGCCCCCCCCACCUCAUCAUCCGCUCCCGACACUUAGUUCAAUAUAGUUUAGAAAUACAGCGUGGAUACGGGCCCCUCGGCUCAUUGGCCCAACGCGCCCGUGCCCACGCCGACCAGCGGUCACUUGAACGCCAUAACUAUCCUCCUCGCUGGGGACAAUUUGCAGAGUUAGCCAAUGACAUUUGCACGUCUUUGAGGUGUGGGAGGAAACUGGAGCACCUGGAGAAAACCCACACGGUCACUGGGGGAAACUGGCAAACUCCACGCAGACAGCACCCGAGGCCGGAGUUCGCACCUGGGUCCGUGGCGCUGUGAGGCAGCAACUCUACCGUGUCGGGUUGUCUGUUUGUCCUUUUGAACAGGAGCGGAAGGGACACGGUCCCUUGUGGAGGCGGGAGGGAAGAGGGUGAAGGAUUUUCCAGACCACUCCAUGUUAUUCUUUGUAAUAUCCCAGCAAAUUUUAAUUUACUUUUUUUAUUAUUACACAAGUCGUAUCAUUAAUCUUUCAUUCAUUUUUGAGCGAGUGCGAUGAGAGGGCGGGGGGAAUCGAACCUGCUGAGUCUCAGCCUGAAACAUAUGAACUCUCUUGACUCUAGCUGUAAACCUGCUGGUAGCUCCACUGAUCCCAUCCCCUGGUUCC